AUGACUUCUAAAGUUCACUCAUAAUUAAACGAAUCUGAUAUAUAAAAAGUCAAUUAUCCUGAUUUGGCUGAUGUUAGAUAUGAUUAAAAUAGUGACAAAGUAUUUAUUGGAAUUCCAACUCAAAAUCAUUAUAUACAAAAUGGUAUUCAAAAUUUAUAUACAAGGAAUCCCUAUACCUAAUGGAUUUCUCAUUACUCCCAUUUAUAAUAAUGAAAAUCCUUGCACAAAUGUGCCUUUUGAUGCAUAGGGAUCAAUAAUCCCAAUAUAAAUACAAUGUAAAUAUUGUCGUAAGGUUGGAACCACAAUUAUGCAACAUCGAGCUGGUCCAUAAACAUGGAUUGUUUCAUUUUUGCUUUUCAUUUUCUUCUUACCUCUCUUCUUUUUACCAUUCUUGCUUGAAAAUUGCAAGGACAAAGUACAUUACUGUCCUAAUUGUGGAUAAUGUGUUGGAAAGAAGAAAUACAAAUUAUGCAAUAGUGAUUGA